AUGGACAGCAUUGACAAAGCCUACAAGUUCCUAACUAAUGACGCCUUUUCGCAAAUAAAGAACACCCAGGAUAACAUGAUGAAACGUCGCGCUAAGGAUCCAUCCAGUAAGCCACCGGUUCAAGCCGAAGUGAUCACGCCAGUGGAAGAGGAAGUUCUAUGGGCAAAAGGUGUUCUUGGGCGUGAUCACCCUGAGCAAUUAUAUAAGACCUUACGUAUUCGUGUAAAUAACAUAUUCUUAACUUUCUCUUUCGUCCUCCAGAGGGAAUGUAUCUCAGUCCACGUCGGCCAGGCCGGAGUCCAGAUGGGCAAUGCAUGCUGGGAGUUGUACUGUCUGGAGCACGGCAUCCAGCCCGAUGGUCAGAUGCCCUCAGACAAGACCAUCGGGGGUGGGGACGACUCCUUCAACACCUUCUUCAGCGAGACUGGAGCUGGGAAACACGUGCCCAGGGCCAUCUUUGUUGACCUCGAACCAACUGUUGUCGAUGAGGUCCGUACCGGCACCUACCGCCAACUGUUCCACCCAGAACAGCUCAUCACCGGCAAGGAGGACGCCGCCAACAAUUACGCCCGGGGCCACUACACCAUCGGAAAGGAGAUUGUCGACCUCGUCCUUGACCGUAUCAGGAAGUUGGCUGACCAGUGUACUGGACUCCAGGGCUUCCUCAUCUUCCACAGCUUCGGUGGCGGCACUGGCUCCGGCUUCACCUCUCUCUUGAUGGAGAGACUGUCUGUGGACUAUGGCAAGAAGUCCAAGCUAGAGUUCGCUGUCUAUCCCGCUCCACAGAUCUCCACUGCUGUCGUGGAGCCCUACAACUCCAUCCUGACCACCCACACCACCCUGGAACACUCCGACUGUGCCUUCAUGGUCGACAACGAGGCCAUCUACGACAUCUGCAGACGUAACCUCGACAUCGAACGUCCCACCUACACCAACCUCAACCGACUGAUUGGGCAGAUUGUCAGCUCCAUCACUGCCUCUCUCCGAUUCGAUGGUGCCCUGAACGUAGAUCUGACGGAGUUCCAAACCAACCUGGUACCCUACCCACGUAUCCACUUCCCUCUGGCCACCUACGCCCCUGUCAUCUCCGCCGAGAAGGCCUACCACGAGCAACUGUCUGUGGCUGAGAUCACCAACGCCUGCUUCGAGCCCGCCAACCAGAUGGUCAAAUGUGAUCCCCGUCAUGGCAAAUACAUGGCCUGUUGUAUGUUGUACCGUGGUGAUGUCGUCCCAAAGGACGUCAACGCCGCCAUCGCCACCAUCAAGACCAAGAGAACCAUCCAGUUCGUCGACUGGUGUCCCACAGGCUUCAAGGUGGGCAUCAACUACCAGCCACCCACUGUUGUCCCCGGCGGUGACCUGGCCAAGGUCCAGAGAGCUGUCUGUAUGUUGAGCAACACCACGGCCAUCGCCGAGGCCUGGGCUCGUCUUGACCACAAGUUCGAUCUGAUGUACGCCAAGCGUGCCUUCGUCCACUGGUACGUGGGUGAGGGUAUGGAGGAAGGCGAGUUCUCCGAGGCCCGUGAGGACUUGGCAGCCCUGGAGAAGGACUACGAGGAGGUUGGAGUCGACUCUGUUGAGGGCGAGGGAGAGGAAGAAGGAGAGGAAUAUUAG